AUGGCUCGAAGCAGUAGCUGGUACACGUUUGGAGUGGCGGUCUUCGCCGCCAUAGGCACGUUCUUCUUCGGCUUCGACACAGGCAUUGCUACGACUACCAUUGCCCAUCAGUCAUGGAUCGAAUACAUGGGCCAUCCCUCCAAUGGAAUGACUGGAGCUGUGGUCGCGGUAUACAUCGCAGGAGAGGCUGUCGGGGCUCUUAUCCAAACCGCAGUGGGCGACAAGCUCGGUCGAAUACGCUUCAUGCAGAUGAUGUGUAUCAUCGUCACCAUCGGGGUCGUCAUCCAGACAGCGGCAGUCAACAUGGGAAUGUUCCUUGCUGGUCGGGUUCUGGCCGGCAUCGCAGUUGGCGGCAUGGUCGGCACUGUGCCCAUCUACCUCUCAGAGAUAUCAGCACCACAUCAGCGGGGUCUGAUUGGGGGUAUCUCAGGAUGCGGCAUUUCCUUCGGCACCAUGGCUUCGAACUGGGUCGGCUUCGCGUGCGGCUACGCUCCCUACGGUGCCGUGCAGUGGCGGCUUCCUCUAGGAAUUCAGAUUCCUUGGGGGAUUGUCAUGUUCAUCGGUCUUAUGACUUUCAUGCCCAACUCGCCCCGACAACUCAUUCGAAGCGGCAAGAUCGAGCAAGCACGCAUCGAAUUCGUUCGCAUUCGCAAGGACUUGCACUCCCAUGAGGCCCAGGAAGAGUUCGCCCUUAUGCGGGCACAGAUUGAGUACGAGCAAGAACGAGAAGUCAAGACAUACGGCCAGAUCUUCAAGCUCUUCAAGCACCGAGCAUUUGCUUCCAUUGCAGUGCAGACGAUGACUUCUCUAACUGGUGUGAAUGUUAUACAAUACUACGUAACGAUCCUACUCAAGUCGCUUGGAAUCAAGUCUCACACCAUCUUGGCACUCGCAGGCGUGUACGGAACAAUCGCUUUCCUGAGCAACGCGUUGACAACACGAUACCUGACAGACCAAUGGGGCAGGCGAAAGAUGAUCCUCACUGGUUUGUCUGGCAUCAUACUCAUCGAAAUUUAUACGGCGGUCAUGCAGAGAGAGUUUCAGAACACGAACAACAACGUCGGUAAAGGGUUCGCGGUCUUGGGAAUCUAUCUUUUCGUCGUUUGUUACUAUGGCAUGCUGAACAGCACGACUUGGUUGUAUGGUGCUGAGAUUCUGCCCAUGUCGCUUCGAAGCAAGAUUAUGGGACUAGCUGCGGCUUCCCACUUCAUCGUCAACGUUGCAAUCACCGAAGCUGGUCCGUCUGCUUUCGCAACGAUACAUGAGAACUACUACUAUGUCUUCGUCGGAUAUACUCUCUUCUUCCUGGUCACCGCCUACUUCUACUUCCCUGAGACAAGACACAAGACCCUAGAAGAGAUCGCGUCUGCCUUCGGUGACAAGGUCGUCACUCUCACAGAACGAGACCUCGCAGUUGAGCAAACAGUCUUUGAAGGCAAAGCAGCAACUGGACAUAUCGAAUCGAUAGCUGAAGACGACAAGUAA